UUGUCGCGAGUGAAGCCGAAAGCGACGGGAAGUUGCAGCCUGCUCGACCUGCUCGACCUGCUCGACAUGUCUUGUGCUGUCUCGUCGUCGCCAAGAGACACGCGGCGUAUUGUUCGGGAAGGUGCGACAGCUCCGGCUUUCGACAUGCCUACUUUCGGAGCCUGCGAAAAGACACAAUAAUGAUAAUUACCUUGAACACUACCGAUCAUGCCGCCGAGAGUCUCAGCAUCGACGUCUUCCGUUAUCCGCUCCUAUCUCGUGAGAAUGAUUCUGCCUCUUGAUGACUGCAUUUUCGUGCCUACCUUUGCCGGAGCCGGUCCAACUAUCCAAGACAGAUCUCGUCUCUGUUGCUGAUCGGCCAGACGCGCGACCUACUGCUGAUUAUUCACGAAAUCUUCUCCCAACUUGUCCCACAUGUCUCUUGUCUCUCCAGCCCAUCGAAAAAGAUACCGCACUCAUGCAGUCUUUCUGUCUAGGACGUACGACGUGGAACAUUGUUUCUAGCGAGCGGACCGCAAAGGAAGUUGGCGGUCGAACUAGGAAACAGUUGCGCGGACUUCCAAGUAAUCUGGAUGAUAGGAGCAAGAAGAUCAGUUGGUCCAGGGAGCUGAGGUCGAGCUUCCUCUGCACGGACCGGCAAAGCUACUUCGCAGUCUGUGACAGGGUUACUGGCUCCUGUUCUGGUAUACCGCUGGCAAUUGUACAGUAUUUGCUUCAUCUUCAGGUCACUUGCAUCUGAUUGGUGCUCGAAGGGACAAAGCCUGUUGUCGAUACGUUAUUAGGUCACAGAUGUCGUUGAAUGAGAAAGGAGGGGCACAGUCAGGAAAGAAGCGGAAG